AUGUUUAAGCGGCUGACCAAGCAGCUUAUAAAAGAGCUGGGCUCAGACAGGAGGCUGAUACCUGUGACUAGCCAGGUACUCACCGAUAGCUUCCAGCCUCUCUCUCUGGUGACUAAAGAGCAAUCCAGGUUUCCUUGGAAUACGCGGAAGUAUUCCCCAAGCCCUUUCAAGCUGGCGGAUGUGCUUGAGAAAGGAGCAGAGGUGGAAAUAGGUAUGUUGUUUUUCGUAUAAUUUAGUAGGCAUCUGUUAGGGUCCGUGGGGCCAGGAGCAAUACAGUGGCUUACUAGAAACCAUGUGCAGACCAGGGUGCAUACCAAAGAUUAGGGGAGAUGUUUUUUUCUGUUUAACAACUGCGACGGGCAACCCAGGAAUGGGAUCUAGAAGUGAAGCCAAAUCAGAGCAUCAUAGAAGAAGAAGAAGAAGAAGAAGAAGAAGGAGAAGGAGAAGAAGAAGAGGAGGAGUUUGGAUUUGAUAUCCCGCUUUAUCACUACCCGAAGGAGUCUCAAAGCGGCUAACAUUCUCCUUUCCCUUCCUCCCCCACAACAAACACUCUGUGAGGUGAGUGGGGCUGAGAGACUUCAGAGAAGUGUGACUGGCCCAAGGUCACCCAGCAGCUGCAUGUGGAGGAGCGGAGAUGAUGAUGAUGAUGAUAAUGAUAAUGAUAAUGAUAAUGAUAAUAAUAAUAAUAAUAAUUAUUAUUAUUAUUUAUUAUUAUUAUUAUUUAUACCCUGCCCAUCUGGUUGGGCUUCCCCAGCCACUCUGGGCGGCUUCCAAAAAAUUUUUAAAUUACUGUAAUACAGUAAGAUGCGAACCCUGUUCACCAGAUUACGAGCCUACCGCUCUUAACCACUACACAACACUGGCUCAUAGAGCUGGAGAGGCUCUUGUCCCAGACAGGCAAUGAUGAUUUGCUAUUUGCUUAUGCAUGGCUUAUGUAGGCUCCGUUUGGGGUUUAGGCCAGAAAGUUGUAUGUGCCUCGUUUGAAGGUGUUCCCACUUCCAUGCACAUACAUUUGAAGUAGCCCUCCAUGGACAUUGGAAUUUCAUGGCUGGGGUGUUUGCAGUGGUGUAGCAUGGGGGGUGCAGGGGGGGCCGGCUGCACCGGGCGCAACAUCUGGGGGUUAGGGGGCGCAAAUCCACGGGUUAGGGGGCGCAAAUUACUUGCCUUGCCCCGGGUGCUGACAACCCACGCUACGCCACUGGGUGUUUGGAAUGCGGCAAAAGAUAUUUAAGGUGUUUGGAUUUGCGGUUUAGCUCUUCAGCGGGCCAUGCUUCAAACUCACAUACUCAAUAUGAACUAUGGAUGCCAGUUCUGGUUUGCAUGGAAAGUGGUUUGUAGUAACAAUAGUGAAGUGUAGGUGGGUUCCCACGAGGCAAGACACAAGUGAUAACAUUUACUGAAUUAACAGAACUGGACAACAGGGGCAAAGCAACUGCUUAUAUAAAUUUCUGAGGGCCUGGACCACUCCCAUUCUCAACGCGAUUGGCUGUCUAAACUUCCAAGCUGCGAAUCAUAACUCAGAGUUUAAGGGCCAAUGGCAGAGGCCCAAAACCUGAAAUGUUUUGGGAUUGGAUAUCACGUAUCGAAUCAGAACACAGGGGCUCAGAAUCCUUAGUCCAGGCUCAGGCAAACACAGACCACUGAAUGCACAACAGAUAGUUUGUCCAAUUCAGACAUAAUGGCAAACCAUAGGUAUUUGGCAUCAGGGAGCAGAAAGGAUCUAUGUUAACCUUGCCCCCCGCAGAUCACUCCUCCCCAUAUCUAUUCCGGUAAGCAACAAAGACCCACUUGCUGGGAAGGUAGCACACCUAGCUGCUCCACCCUCCUGCCAAGCAACUUCUUCCAGUAAGGAAGGAAACAAAGUGCACUAGGAGGGGAGAGAAUGGGAGGAUGGAUUGCAUAAACCCAAUGGGUUUGGUCGUAACAUACAGAUCCCUUUCAAGGAAGCAGAGGCAGGAGCCACAAAAUAUAAUAGUUUAAUGCCGCCGAGAGAACCUGCUGUUCUGGCUCUGUAAUUAGAAGAAGGGCGAUAGCAUCUGCCUGUACAUAUGAUUUGAUUAUUGUGAACCUCUUUGAGAAUCAUCAGGAGUGGAAUGUGGUGGUUAAAGAAAUGAAUCUGACCGAAGUGUUUUGAAUGUGGGGUUUCGUUGUGCUUUCCCCAGAACUGAAACACUCUGAACCACUUCUGUUCUCUGCAAACAUCUGCCACAAAUCUGGAGCAAAACUGAACCUCAAGAUACAGACUGCCGCAGUGGAUAUCGGCGGCUUGGGCUCGGCCUGCUUGUCUUCCUCUCUGGUAGCUGUGAGGAAAACCUAUGUGGACACCAGGGAGCUGUGGUGAGCAUGGCUUUGCAGGGUGCUUGGGAAGGGGAGAAGCUGACCAGGCUUGUUGGCCAUUGCCUUUUUUGGUUUAUGCAAAUGGAGAGCCUUCUCUUGCACUGCAGUCAACCCUACCAUAAUGCAAAAGGAGACUGGAGCUGCUCCAGGAAGCUGACUUUGGGUGUCACCAAGAGCUGCAGAGUAGGACAGAGAAAUGGAUCAGGCCCACAUCCAUUCUCACAUCCACACUGUGCAUUUAAAGCACAUCGCCCCUGCAAAGAACCUUGGGAACUGUAGUUCAUAGAGCUACAGUUCCCAGCACCCAUAGCAAACUACAGUUCCCAGGAGUUAUUGGGGGGAUUGCCAUGUGCUUUAAAUGUGCACCAAAUAUGCAGUGGGUGUUGGGCACCGUCUUCUAAACUGUCUUUCAGUGAAACUUUUCCCGCCAUGACUGUACCAGACUCCCUCUGAACAGGAAGGAUCAGAGAAUAGGAAUAGCCUGGCAGUCCUUAUGAGGGCAGCUAGCACUAUGGAGCUCCUCUAAAGCACCAUUUCUCACUGCAACCUGGCAUACCCAACAUUAAAUGGCAAAGCAAGGUGAAAGCAAACAAGAUGAAAGUUCCUAUGUGGACAGGAACAAGCAAAAGCUGCAACAGCAACACAGUACAAAUAGAAUCCGUUUUUGCUAAGAGGGCUUAAGACUUAACUGCAGCCCCAACAGUUUCCAUUAGAGGGCAGUCAAAGAUAGAAGAAAGAAAGCAGCCUUGAGUUAGGAUUCCUUGAGCUGGGACUUGAGUUAUGCACUCCUUGCAGAAUCUGCUACAAUCCUUGCCUUGUCUCUGGAAUGCUCACUCUCCUCACUUUCCAGGAGGCUAGCCAUUUAUUCAUUUCAUAAAAUUUAUACAUUGCUUGAUUGUAAAACACACAUGCACGCACACACACGCAAAACCAACCAUCAAAACAGUAUACAGAAAGGGGAAAUAAUAAAACCAUGGAAAAAAAAUUACAACCCUCCUUUAAAGCAUGCAAAAAUUAAAAUACUAAAACAGAUUACAAUGACCUCAACUUUCUGAGCAUCUGGGUAGCAGUGGUGUAGCGGGGGUUGCCGGUGCCUGGGGUAGAACAAAUAUUGUGCAGUUGUGGACUGGGCAGCUGGGGUGGAGGCAUGCACAUUAAGAUGAUGCUUUUAGUCUUGAAGUGAAACUGUCAGGAAGGUCACAUGGAAAGCGGGCAGGGAGACACACCAUGUUGUCCUUUGCCUCAGCAAGCAAAUUGUCUUGGCCAGGAUCCGGGUGUGGGGUCUGGGAAAGUGCCACAUUGCUGGGAACAUUCUGCUCUGUAGCCCUUCCCAGAGUGGCCCUCACGAGGGGCGCAGAAGCCCCCCGGUUCUUUCCUCACUCAGCAAGAACCCUGAAUGCUUAGGAGCCAUUGCAACGUACCUCCCCGUUGCUUUCAGGAAAAUGGUGCCAUCCCUCAGCCUUCUCCAGCAACUCUACCCUAAGCUGCAUUUCUACGUUGUGACGGAGGCUUUCGAGAUAAUGGAGCCGCUUCUGAUUGAGCAGACUGUCCAAGCAGGUGGCAAGGGAACGGUGACAGCAGCGGAAAUAUUGACGAUACAGGUUUGUGGCCUUUAGCUUUGUGGUUUCUCCCUCUUCUCUUUCUCUCUGUCUCCCACAACCCACAUUUCUGUGGUGGCUCCCUGUCUGUGGAAUGCUCUCCCCAGGGAAGCUUGCCUGGUGCCUUCAUUGCAGGUCUUUAGAUGCCAGGCAACAAAGUGUCUCUAGGUAGUUGCACCCAUCCUGUCAAACGCCCUUCUGUCAGAUGUUUUUUCGUAGACCUCUGAAGGCAGCCCUGUUUGGGGAAACUUUUAAUAUUUGAUGUGUUGUUUUGUCCCUUUAUUUUUAGUUGGAAGCUGCCCAGAGGGGCUGGGGUAACCCAGUCAGAUGGGUGGGAAACAAACAAACAAACAAAAUGUUGUUGUUGUUACCAGGUAAUUGGCUGAUUAAACAAUCAAACUAUGGCCUUUUAUAUGUGUUUGGGGGGGGGGUUAUUGGUUUGUUGUGGUUGUUGCUAUGACAAUUGUGUUCUCAUUUUGUAUUUUUAUUGCCCUUUGAUCUUCAGAUGAAGGGCAGUAUACAAAUUGAAAUAAUAAUAAUAAUAAUAAUAAUAAUAAUAACCACAAAAACAACAACUGUCUGCACACAGGGCCUGAGCACAACAGUGAAGAAGAAGGCAAUGCUGAUCCCCCGGGGCACAGUGCUGGCCUACGUGGUUGAGAAGCUCCAAACCUACGAUGAAGAACUGGGUGAGUGAAAAGAGUUGUCUGUACAGAUUGAGACGGGUGUAGCUUCCACAAAGAAUGUGAAAGCAUCUUGAGCCAGGAUGGGGAACCUACGGCCCUCCAGUUGUUGGACUCCAACUCCUUUCAGCCCCAGACAGCAUGAUGGGACUUAUAGUCCAGCACCUUGGAGGUUCCACAGUCUCUGCCCUCUUGAUGAUCUAGAGAGCAGCUCUCUCAUUUUUAAAUGGUCAGGACUAUCAGCUCCCCUUCCACUAGUAGCAUGAAGCUUCCAGCAGGUUGCCCAUGAGCCAAUUCACCCUGCAACGGAGUGAGAAAAUGAUUGUCAAGUGGGAUGCCAAGAAGCAGAUAAACAAGAAGAGUUCUUACCAAGUAAUUUAUUCAGUAUUCACAGAGAGAGAGAAAGGAAUGCAGUCUCUCUUAGAUGAUGGCGUUGCUCCAAGUAAAGUCCCACCCCCUCAGUCCCUCCUAUUUUACAUCACCCCUGAGCCUGCUGAUCUGUACUUUCUGCCUCUGAGCUUUCUGUUCUACUACUCUCAAGGCAUGCUGGGUCCUGGGGGGGGGGUCUGGAAUGCUUUCUUGACACACUGAGUCUGUCAGCUGUCUUUCCCCUAGUGCUUCUUCUUCUUCCUGCUCCCCUCCCAAUAUUUCCCAGAUUCUCCGCUCUGCAGCCUCUGAACUAUGACCUUCUGCAAACCACUGUUCUAAAUCUAUACUGUCUCCCUCUUCUCUGGGAAGUGGAGGGCGGGGUGGGGCGAACUUCACCAUCCCUCCUCUUUGGACCAGUCCCUGACAGUGAUGCUUUUGGUGUGCAGAACCACAGGAAUUGGAGAGUUUGCUGGGUGGUGUGAUAACAACUGGUGUGUGAGGCAUCUACCUGUAGUUAAACAGUUCAGCACCGCAGGUUGCCCCCGAGUCACUCUGAGACCAUGGAAGACAUGAAGAACUCGAUUCUGCAAUCCUUUCCUGAUCAUUUCUUCGUUUUCUUUCCAGUUUUGCUCUGCCAGCGGCUUCAAACAAAGUUGGUUUCCUCGCUCACGUAUGAUGGUAUGUGUGAGACUGUUGUUAUUUAUAAUUUACACAUAAUAAUGCACUCAAAAUGUAUGGCGCUUUGCGGAAUAAUGUAAGCGAAACAAAAAGAGACAGAGAGGACUCUGUCUUGAUAAUGUUCCAGUAUGAAUGUCCAAAGUAGGCAGAAUAAGAAGGAGGUGAGGGAACAGAGGAAAAGGUGUGCAAAGAUUACUAGAGUGGCUAAAUUAGCACCGCACAGCACUGUUAAAUUUCCCCCACCUGAUGGGUUUCACAGUGUUUUCCGCUCCAGCUCUUCACAUCAACACAGCUUCGUUAGUGUCAGAUUUAUUUCUGCUUCUGCACACAUGACGGGGGGGAGGGGUUAAUAGGGCGGGGAUGUCUUUGCCCUGUGCCAAGUGUUCACACCUUGGCUAGAGAUGAAUUAGGAACAGCUUACGGACUCUAGUUGGUGUGAAGCUGGUCUGAGAAACAGGGACUCAACCAGUAGUGUUCUAUUAAAAAGGUCCAGGGUGCAUAAUGCGUUUUGGAUGAUGUGUGAACCCAGCACUUGGAAACACAGUGAGUGCACAGUGAACACAGCUUUAGCUAACAUGAAUUCCAAGUGGGUAUUUUUCAGCCAAUAUUUUUUAAUUUCUCUCUCCUUCUCCCUUUAGCAUUCCAGGAUGAGCUGGGCUCCUCACUAACAGGCAAGUGGCCUUCUGUUGCUUUCUGAUUUCGCGCCUGGAUUCUGCCUGUCCCAAUCCUGCAGAUCUUUCCCACCAGAGACCAGCAAAUUCCUUCCAUAGCUCCGUGGCAGAACAUCUGUUUUCUAUGCGGGAGGUUCCAGGUUCAGUCCCCAGCAUCUCCUGGUAGGAAUGGGAAAUAAGACUCCUGCCUGAAAUGCUGGUGUUCCCUUGCCAGUCAGUAGUAGGCAGUAGGUCUGGCUCAGUAUAAUAAAAAUUGUUGAAUCACAGAAUCGUAGGGUUGGAAGGGACCCCCGGGGGCUAUCUAGUCCAGCCCCCUGCAAUGCAGGAAUCUCAACUAGAUCAUACAUGACAAGUGGCCAUCCAACUUCUGUUUAAAAUCCUCCAAGGAAGGAGCAUGCUCGUGGGAGUAUGCUCCACUGUCAAACGGCUCUUAAUGUCAGAAAGAAUCUCCUUUCUCGUAACUUGAAGCCACUUGUUCAGGUCCUAACCUCUGGAGCAGGAGAAAACAAGCUUUGCGCCAUCCUCCAAGUGACAGCUCCUUAGAUAUUUGAAGGUGUCUAUUACAUCUCCUCUCAGUCUCCUCUUCUCUGUGCUAAACAUACCCACCUCCCUCAACCAUUCCUCCUAAGGCUUGGUUGCCAGACCCUUGGUCAUCUUGGUCACCCUCAAAUGCACACGUUCCAGCACAUCAAUAUCCUUCUUUAAUUGCGGUGCCCAGAACUGGACACAGUUCUCCAGGUGUGGUCUAUGUUCCUCUUGCUCCUCUCAAAGCUGAACCUAGCUGAAAUUAGCUCCCGCUGCCUCUGAAACUCAGCGCCAUACUAUUCAUUUGAGCUAUUUAUGUAUCGCUGGAAUAUCUAAGCAAUGUGCCCUAACAAGCACUUUUAACAGAGAGGCUGGUUAUGUACCCAAGAGCCUAUUGUCCAUCAUAAACCAGCCUCAGUCCUCAAAGGCAAAGCCACCUCCUCGCUUAGAUCAGGGGUGGCGGAGCUGUCGAACCUGUGUGUUAUCAAAAGCGCCAUAGUGCAAAUCAUGCUAACCGUCUUGACUGCAACCUUUAGCUGUCCAGCAAGUGAAAGACGCCGUCAAAGAGGCAUAUGAGCCGCUGGCGCUCUUGAGCCAGCCUUUGAGGAAGCAGCUUCUGGAAUCCUUUGAAGUUUUCCUGCAGGACGGAGAAGUCGCUUCCACUGUCCAGUCGAUGGUUCGUCACUUUUCUCAGCUGCUCGAGAGCUCAUAUACCAUGCUAUUCUGCUGCAUGUAGGUGUAGACCAGGGUUUCCCAAGCUUGGGUCUCCAGCUGUUUGUGGACUACAGUUCCCAUCAUCCCUGACCGCUGGUCCUGCUAGCUAAGAAUGAUGGGAGUUGUAGUCCACAAAUGGCUGGAGACUCAAGCUUGGGAACCCUAGUAUGGACACAGACUAAAUCUGUAAAUGCCAGGGAUGGAGAACCUGUGACCCACCAGAUGGGGGCUGAGGGGGCUAUAGGCAGAACAGGAAGUUCUGCUUUGCCCUGCUGCCGCUGCUGCAACCACUAACCUGCUCACGCCACUGCUGGCUUAGAAGCAGCACCAUCUGCGCAGAUUUGGGGGAAGGGUUUGCAAAUUUCGGGUAAGGAUUUUGCCCCAGAUGGAUGCAAUCUUGCCCAAAAUUGGUGCUUCUGGUGGCGGUGCUUCUCCACCAUGGUGUUGGCAGGGCAGGCGGGACACUCAUUGUCAUGCCACCUGGGGGCAUCUGCCACCUGAAGCAGCAGCCUCACUCACCCUGCCUACUGGCUGGGCCGGCUCUGCCUCUAGAUGUUGUUGGACCACAACUCCUAUCAUUCCUAACUAUUGGCCAUGCUAGCUGGGGCAGAUGGGAGCUGGAGUCAAGCAACACCUGCAGGUUCUUCUUCACAGCGGGUAUGUACCCUUCCUGUGUCUAUUUCAGUUUCAGCGCUUGUUCCGGGAAGCUGCUACCAAAGUAUCUUCUUUCUUGAGCUUCCAGCCUGUCUGUUCCAAGAUCCUGGCUUUACCCAAACUUAUCUACUUAGUCUCUGCACCUAAUCACAUUGCUUAUCUUCCCAGAAGUCCUUAAUUGGAAUUUAGCAGCAAAUAUGCAUCUCAGCUCCGGGGGGAAAAGAAAAGAAAGGCAUUGGGAGCUAAGGGCUCUGUUAUAUGCGGCAGCUGUGCAUUUUCACCCUUGUUGACUGACCAAUUGCUAUAAUUUCCCAUCAGCUGGAGCUUUCUAUGGCAGGAAACAGUGUCGAUCACUCCAUGCUGGAGUCCCUGAAUGAGGAACACCGACCUUCUGUGGAAAAGCUGCUUUCCUAUUUAGGGAUUUCUCAAGACACGGAGAGUGUGAAAAACCAAGAUCUCUGGGGACCAGUCAACUUCCUUUGUUCUUCUCUAGAUGGUAUGGAGAACACUUAUCGGUUGGGUGUGUCUGCUUGGCUUCCCCAAAGCCACAGGGGUUGGUGGAUAGUUUUUGCACCUUCCUUGCAAGCCUCUAAGCCAGGCAUAGGCAAACUCGGCCCUCCCGAUGUUUUGGGACUACAACUCCCAUGAUCCCUAGCUAACAGGACCAGUGGUCAGGGAUGAUGUGAACUGUAGUCCCAAAACAUUGGGAGGGCUGAGUUUGCCUAUGCUUGCUCUAAGCCAUCCAUCCAGACCUGUCUGUUCUGGAUAACUUUGCGCAUGUGUGUGUAAAAGAUGCUACCAUCCAGAUGUGGCACUAUCGCUCCAUUCAUCACGUCUUGGGAUUUGUGUUCACAGACUUGGACUAUGAGAUGCUACCGCUGCUGGAUACCAUCCUGGAGAAGAAGAAAAUGACCCAGCAGCUGGAGAUGGUGAGGCCCUUCUGGCUUAACUCCUUCCAUGUAGUUUUAUUAUUAUUAUUUUAAAGAAAAGAUCAACAUUCAUGCCUGGGAGGUAUUCGUUUGCUCUUCCCUCACCCUUUACAUCAGGACGAUUUUCCCUUAAGCGUUUUAACAUUUUGUUAUGGCCACUGGCUGUCUCUUUCUUGGUCAUCCACUCUGCCCAAGAUGGUUGAUCUUUCCUCAUUGGGGAAGGGACAGUUAGGAAAAACGUAAAAGAUCUUUCUGGAGUAUUUUGAAUCAGAGUUUGGGGGAGGUGACUUCUCCCUAGCUACGGUGAGGUGAAUGUGUGUGUAUGUGUGAAGAAACAAGAAAGCAGGCUGGGAACAGACUAAAGAUAAGUCUAUCAGUGGCUACUAGUCCCUAUGGUUGUAUGUUACCUCAUAUAUUACAGGUACCCUUGCGGCAGGAAGGUAAACGGCGUUUCCGUGUGCUCUGGCUUCCGUCACAGUGUCCGUUGUGCCAGAAGCAGUUUAGUCCUGCUGGCCACAUGACCCGGAAAGCUGUCUGUGGACAAACGCUGGCUCCCUCAGCCUGAAAGCGAGAUGAGUGCCGCAACCUCAUAGUCCCCUUUGACUGGACUUAACCGUCCAGGGGUCCUUUACCUUUUACCUUUACAGUGGUACCUCAGGUUACAUACGCUUCAGGUUACAUACGCUUCAGGUUACUGACUCCGCUAACCCAGAAAUAGUGCUUCAGUUUAAGAACUUUGCUUCAGGAUGAGAACAGAAAUCGUGCUCUGGCGGCGCGGCGGCAGCAGGAGGCCCCAAUAGCUAAAGUGGUGCUUCAGAUUAAGAACAGUUUCAGGUUAAGAAUGGACCUCUGGAACGAAUUAACCUGAGGUACCACUGUAUAUUAUCUCAGUAGCUGAGGCAGUAUGUCAGUUACUAAGAAUCCAAAAUGGGAGUGAGUUUUUGUGCUCAAAUUCUGCUUUGGGGCUUUCCACAGGCAUCUGGUUGGCCACUGUGAAAACAGGGUGCUGGACUAGACAGGAUUUUUGUCCAGCAGGGCUUUUCUCACGUCUUCUUCAGUUACUGCCCUCUCCCACAAUUCAUCCCGGGAAUUGUACCCUGCUGUAUCUGUGAGCACUUGCGCGCCCAAGAAAGGCGAUUACUGCUCAUAUGCCAGAGGAAGGGGCAGGUGUAAAUUGGCCCUUUCACUCAUUUUGUCCCGUUCUCUCUCUCUUUUUUACACCAAAAGAUGGAUGGCAUUUUGGAGUGGAUUCUUUUUGGCGACGAAGGCAGCGAUUUCGAGAUUCCACACCAUUCCUUGGAGAACGAAGAAAUUCACCUGGCCAUUGAGAUGCUGCAAACUUGUGGGCUGGAUUUGGAAGCUGGGAAAGACUCCACCGUCUGUCUGUGGAGCAACGAAGCCCGUUCAGAACUGGCUGCUCUGUACUCCAGCUUGUACGCCCUGCAGAUCCUAAGUGGGUGA